GAAAAUAUCCCCAAUAAAACCCCUCUAAAGCCACUCUCAUUUCCCUUCUCAUCUCUGAUACUCGAAAGACACCUCUUGAGAUGAGAACCCUAGAAAUGGAGAGCUUUAGAUCUCAAGAAACGAUGUUUUUACAAGCUAUGGAUAGAUUUGUGGACGAUCGGGAAUAUUCACCAAAAUCAAGCUCACCACAUUUUGCGUUUUUUAAUGCUGCUUACACUAAUAAAAUCCAUAACUUCAAGUAUCAUGCUAAAUGUGAAGAGAUUGGAGUAGCAACUACGAUUGGAAAGAUGAGAGAUGAAGAUGAAAGAGGAUGUCUUCAUUUUGCUGCUGCAGGAGGAAGUUUAGAAGUUUGCAAAUAUUUGAUUGAGACGUUGAAACUUGAUGUGGAUCCCAAAGAUGAACAUGGUCACACACCCUUGUAUCAUGCAGCUAUAAAAGGACGUUUGAAAACGGUUCGAUAUCUUCUUGAAAUGGGUGCCAAUGCUGAUGCAGCAACUGAUACGAAUUACACGCCUUUACACUGUGCUGCAAAGAUAGGUAAUACAAAGAUAAUGACCUUGUUACUUUCAAGGGGUGCACGCGUUGAUGUUGCAAGUAGGACUGGCACUGCCCUUCAAAGGGCUGCUAGUUGUGGUCAUCGAGGUGCCGUUAGAGUGUUGUUGGAUCACAGUGCAAAUCCCAAUGUUGUUACCUCUCAGGGUAUGCUUAGACCACUAAUGUCGGCGAUUCUUGGCAAGUCAUGGGAAACUAUGGAACUUCUACUACAGGCAGGCGCUGACCCAAAUGCUGUAUCAUGUGGAAGUUCACCUUUGAUAUUUGCAGCAAGGGAUGGACGCGUAGAUGAUAUCAAGCGCUUACUGGAAGCUGGUGCAGAUCCAAAUUAUACAAUGAAUGCAGGGCUGACAGCAUUAGAAAUUGCCGCUAUUGAGUGCAACCAUCCAAUUGUUCGGGUUCUUUUUCCUGUGACAUCUCGCAUUCCAACUUAUCCUGAUUGGAGCAUUGGUGGACUAAUGAAGGAUGUAAAUUCUGCUGCAAACAAAACGCAGAGGGUAGUCCAUGCCGAGGAGAAAUUCCAUCAGGCAAAAUCGAAAGGAAGAGAUGCAUUCCAGGGAGAACAGUAUCUUAUGGCAGCUCAUUGGUUUCAAGAGGCCUUGGCUAUUUCUCCAAAAGAUGCAGCUGUAUUAUCCAACUUGAGUGCCUGUUAUGCAUGUCUGGAUGAUGGAAUAGAAGCGCUUGACUAUGCCACUAAAUGCAUGUAUGAAAGGCCUGAAUGGCCUAAGGCUCACUAUAGGAUGGGUGUCGCACACAGUAUACUGAAAAGGUACAAUGAUGCAUCACUUGCCUUCAAGAAGGGUGUGAUGCUCGACCCGGAAAACAAAGAGCUUCAAGAUGCGUACAUGGAAGCUAUCAUGGCUAGAGUGACCUAUCUCAAAAGUGUAAAAGAUAACUGAAAAAUGUGGAGAUGAAAGCAUUAAAAUGAUGAGAAGUAAUUCACAUGGGAACAAAUUCUGUAAAUGAAGUAUUCUAGAAGACAUUAGUUGGUAGCUGAAGUAUACUGCUAGUUUAUGAAGGAUGGUAAAAGUUUAAUCAAACUAACCCAAAUAUGAUCUGACGAGUUUCAUCUUUUGAAUUUUAUUUUUGUGAAUUCCUAGGUUUGUGAUUUGGGUGCCACUUACCACUGAGGAGUGACAUGUUGGACAGUAUGUGGUUUAUGAAUUCUUUUAAUCCUUACGAAGGUUAAAACUUUUGAUGUGCAAGUUUAGUUGGUACCACCGUACCACGUAUCAGUUUGCCUUUCCCCGCGAUACUGACUGCAGCUUCCAUUGGGUUUUCUUUUUAGCCAGGAAAGUAAGUACCGGAAAUUUGUAUUACCCUAAGAAUGAGAAACCUAGAUGAUGAUGAUGAUGAAUUGAAACUUAGGUUAUUUCCUUUU